AUGCUUGAUGAUACGUGCGUUAGCGGUCUAUCGUUGAUAACAGCUUCAAUCUCUGUCACUAUCGUCUGCAACGUUUCCAUGGUGAUGAUAUCAGACAAUGCUACGACUUAUAUUGCUGCUGCUAAUCACCUUAAGAAGCUAUUCAACUCCCAAGUCGUGCAAGAGGAGCUCAGCAGAAAGGGAACAGAGUGGCGAUUUAUUCCCAAACGUGCACCAUGGUACGGUGGUUUUUGGGAACGUCUCAUUGGACUCACUAAGACGUCUCUAAAGAAGAUCCUCGGAAGACGAUACGUUUGCAUGGAAACGUUGCAGACGAUAGUGACAGAGAUUGAAGCUGUUAUCAACGAUAGACCGCUAACGCACGUAUCAUCAAGCAUCGACGACUUGGAGCCGUUAACGCCGUCACAUCUUCUUUAUGGCCGCAAGAUGACGUCACUUCCGCAUCACACACAUUUACCCGACGAUGAAAUGACGCAAAUUCAAAGUGACCAGACGACACUAACCAAUCGGGCGAAGCAGCAGUCAGACAUCAUCGAACAGUUCUGGAGACGUUGGAAGUCGGAGUACUUAACUGCUUUAAGAAAGUUCCACACAACAACGGGCUCUAACGAGAAACGCAUUCGGGUCGGAGAUGUCGUGCAGAUAUACGAUGAGGGACCACGUAUCCGUUGGAAACUUGCUGUAGUCCUAGAGCUGAUGACCGGAAAUGAUGGUUCAGUCCGUGCCGCGAAGAUAAAGACGAAACGUGGAAUAACAAAUAGACCAAUAGUGAAACUCUAUCCAUUAGAAACAGUCAGUGAUGUUGAAUAG